GAUGAGCGACCCCAUAGACAAGCCUAUCAAGCAGGCAGCGGACGAACUCGACUCGGGAUCUCCUGAUAAGCAAGACCCACAAGCAAAGCGAAGAGACUCUGGGGAUCUUGGAGAGGAAAGAGAUUAUACCAACCCCAAUCGGUAUUGGUUCGAGUCGACAGCAUGUCCUCUCAUUGCCGGCACAUUCGGCCCUAUGGCCUCUGCCUUUUCGAUAUGCGCCUUGUCCUCCAGUUGGAGAGUCUACAUACCACCCGGGGGUACCGNNUUACUCGCGAUCAAUGCAAUCUCUCUGGCUCUUGCUCUCAUCGCAAACGGAUCUUUGCUGCUCAAUAUGACCCAUCGGUUGCGAUUCUCGAUAGCCCAACCCAUUACAAUCGUUGGCUUCACUAUCUCUUCUGGACUCCUGAUUGCGGAUCUUAUUGCUCUGACUGUGUCGCAUACCUAUCAACUACCUACAGACUCUCCUGCCGCACCUGCUGCUCAUCAUGCUUUGACGUCAGCGUUCUACUAUGCAAUCAUGGCUGCUGCCAUAUAUCUCAUCAUCUCCGCUCUGAUGUGUUUGACUGUUUAUGGUGCUUGGAAAGGGCACUAUGCAAGACAAUUUCGACUGACUGCUGCACAACGGACUCUGAUGUUGCAGACAAUGAGCUUCUUCACCUAUCUCCUACUCGGUGCUCUGGUGUUCAGCCACAUCGAGAAAUGGGAAUAUCUGGACGCCGUAUACUGGGCAGAUGUGACGCUGCUCACAGUCGGUCUUGGAGAUUUCUCGUACACGCAUUCCGGUCGAUCUCUAUUUAUCCCGUACGCCAUCGGUGGCAUCGUCAUCCUCGGUCUCGUCGUCGGCUCCAUCCGAACACUAGUUCUCGAACGAGGUCAGAAGAAGAUAUCCGCCAGAAUGAUGGAGAAAAAGCGUCUUCGAGCCGUCAAUAGUGUUGGCGAUGGCAGACAACGAAUGCGCGUCAGCCGAUUCCAAACCAUGAAGUUCGUCGAGAGCUACACAAAUGCUGCUCAGAAGAGAGAACAAGAGUUCAAGGCGAUGAGACGGGUACAAGAGUGUGCUGAGAGAGAUCGCAAAUGGAUUGCCUUGUUCGUAUCCACGACGGCUGCUUUUGCACUCUGGCUAGCCGGUUCUGCUAUUUUCCAUGUUGCAGAGAAAGAGCAGGGAUGGACUUACUUCCAGACUAUGUACUUUUCCUAUGCGUGUCUACUUACGGUAAGUCAAGGCUACGUCGAUAUCAAGUCGACGAUACGACUAUAUGAUGUCUGGGCUGUGCUAACAUUUCUGGUGUUCGUAAGANUUGGUUACGGAGACUUUACCCCAACGUCGAACUCUAGCAAAGCCUUCUUCAUCCUUUGGUCGCUGCUAGCCGUACCCACUCUUACAAUCCUCAUCUCAGACAUGGGAGAUACAGUGGUUCAACUCUUCUCCAACGUAACAGAAUGGAUUGGCUCUCUGACCGUCCUCCCCUCUGAACAAGGCAUAAGAUCCGCUCUACAGGCCGCGUGGAGCUCUCUCACAGCAACUCACCCUAUUCACCAUAGCCAUCAUGACUUGCAUCCGGGUGGUGUAAGCCAGGCAGAGGGUGCGGGAGCGGAUGAUGAAGACCAACACAUCACCAUCACUGAUCGUAUAGCCGACCGCAUGGCCAAACACCUCGAAGCUGAAGAACUCGAUGACGCUCUAUCUGCCGAACAACAUGGAGACACGCUAGAGCGUGAUAUCCACUUUUUCAACUUUUUGCUUGCACGAGAGACACAACGGCUGUUAAAAGACCUCAACGCCUCACCCCCCAAACGCUACGAAUGGGGCGAAUGGGAAUACUUUCUCAAACUCAUGGCAAAUGACGCCGAUGCCUCCGACCUCUCAGGAGACGUUCUAGUUCCUGAAGAAUUGCGAUUGCCAGAAACCAGAGAAGAGUGGAAGCAAAAACACAUUGAUCAUAGGUGGUCAUGGCUAAGCAGAGCCAGCCCAUUGAUGGGACAUCAAUCAGAGACUGAAUGGAUAUUGGAGAGGCUAGGUGCUUGUUUGGAGAGGGAGUUGAGGGAAAGCAGAUUGUUGCCGUAUCGGACGAGGGAAGAGAGGAGGAAGCCGCCGGUGAGUAUGGCGGAUAUGAUUAGGAGGGGCAGGAACAAGCAACAAGGCGAUGAUGAUGCU